AUGUUCCCACUCAGAGAAUUUCAUGGUCGAUCACUGCGUGCCAGCCUUAUAGUAGCGACUUCACUAUUAGCAUUAUUGCUCUGGCAUGGGCACCGCAAUUAUCCUGCCAUUCUGCGACCAGCGGUGUACCGAGGCUACCGAUUGAAAAAGAACUUCGCUGGAGUGUUCGAUGCCGUUACUGCCGGUUCAAAUAGUUUGCCGAAUACGACAUACUACGAUUACACACAAAUGAACACAUCACUGGUUGACCAAACAGAACCUUCCAAUUGGACGGACCAUGCGAAACAACUUUUACGUCUAAACGGAGUUGCCCUGUCUAAUGUUGUACUAACUCACAUUGCCUCACGUGUGGUAGCCAUCGUCCAAGUUACUCCCUACUUUCAAAGCGUGAAGCCUCGACACAUUUGUGGUGGUACAGCUCUUUCUUCCGAGUGGAUAAUCACUGCUGCGCACUGUGUGGCCCAUCUAAAAAAAUCAUUACGGCUUUUGAAAGUGGCCAGAUUCAUGCCGAACACUACCUCCGGGCUUAAUCACGAUUCUCAUCUAGUUCGUGGAUUACCUGAGCACCCAAUCGAGAAGAUUUUCGUCCAUCCGAAUUUUGAUAGGAAGAACAUUCUCUCGGAUGACAUUGCGUUGGUGAAGAUCAACUCCAAGAAAAUCGAUGACAUACUUCCAUGGGGUGAGGAAGUGGGUGAUGUAAGUGCACUCGAACAAUUAGAGCCUGUAAGCUCUGAGGCGGUGCCCUGUCUGGUUGCUGGAGCUGGGCGCUUAAGACACAACGCCGUCCUCCCGCAUGAGGUGGAGAACCAAUAUUUGCAUGUUGCCAUAGUGACCAGGAAGUCGUGCAUGGGUCUGCUCAACUUACUAAACCAUAAAGUCCCCGAGAAUGUGACCAGAAGGCGGCUGCAAUCGGAUACACUUAUUUGUGCUGGUGGUCAGCUGGAUGACGGAGACACAUGUCAAGGAGAUAGUGGUGGCCCUUUGAUUUGCGCCUGGUACUUGGCAGGAAUCGCUUCCUCUGGAAUCGGGUGCGGUAAAUAUGGAAUCCCUUCUAUCUACACACGAAUUCAAGCAUAUACACAAUGGAUAAACAGCAACUACAAACCGGCAAUCAUAUCGAGUGCGUUCAAUUCUGUCAACACUACGCGGUGA